AUGGGCGACGCACCGAACAAUAUAUACGGCAACAAUCGAGCCGAUGAUAUAGCACAAAACAACCCUACCGCUGAGCGAGAUGGCCACCUCAUUCCAGAAGAAGACCACACUGGCUAUCGGAUACGAGAACAGCCUCUGGGCACCAAGCGCGAAGUGAAGGUCGUCCUCAUGGGUGCUGGUGCUUCGACCUUGAACUUUCUCAAAGCGGCAGAAGAGCAGAUGGAGAACUUGAAGAUAACAGUGUAUGAGAAGAAUCAUGAUGUUGGUGGGACCUGGUUGGAAAACAGAUAUCCUGGCUGUGCUUGCGACAUACCUUCUGUCAACUACCAGUUCAGCUGGGCUAUAAAGUGUUGGUCACACUUCUACUCCUACUCUCCCGAGAUCUUCGAAUACUUGAAGGAGCUUUACGUCAAGUACGACCUAAUCAACAAAUAUGUCAAGUUGAAACAUCAAAUCAACCACGUCGAAUGGAACGAGGAGAAGGGCAAGUGGAUAUUGAAGGUAAAGAAUUUGGGUACAGGCGAAGACUUCGAAGAUGAGGCGGAGUACUUCAUCAACGCAGGGGGUGUUUUGAACAAUUUCAAAUGGCCUGAUAUCGAAGGCAUAAAAGACUUCACGGGCAAACUCAUGCACUCCGCAGCGUAUGAAGAAGGAUAUGAUUUGAAAAACAAGAAAGUGGCCGUCGUCGGCGCAGGUAGCAGUGGGGUUCAGAUCGUCGCAAAGAUUCAAAAGGAAGUCAAGCAGCUUUACCACUGGGUACGCUCGCCCAUCUGGAUCACGGCCGGAUUCGCACAGACGUGGGCAGGGACAGAUGGCGCCAAUUUCGAGUACUCGCCCGAGCAAUUAGAAUAUUUGAAAGACAACCCCAAGAAAUACCUGGAGUACCGCAAGCAAAUCGAGGACGAGCUGAACCAGAGGUUCAAAUUCAUCAUCAAGGGAUCGCAGGAAGCCAAGACGGCGCGGGACUUCUCCUACGAGCAAAUGGCCCGUAAGAUGAACCACGACGAGCGCCUCUGCGAUAAGAUCAUCCCCAAGAACUUCAACCCUGGCUGUCGCCGCCCGACGCCUGCGCCUGGCUAUCUCGAAGCUCUCGUUGCGCCGAACGCUACGAUCUUCACUAAUGCGAUCAACAGGUUCACCGAGAAGGGUUUCCUGGAUCAGGAGGGGAACGAGCAUGAAGUCGACGUCGUGAUUUGUGCGACAGGCUUCGACACUUCCUGGCUUCCGCGCUUUCCUUUUCGAGCCCACGGCAAAGACCUUCGUGAUGUCUGGACACCUGAAGCUGGCGUGACAUCUUAUCUCUCCAUCGCGAUACCUACCUUCCCCAACCAUUUCUCCUUCUGCGGUCCGUAUGGGCCACUCGGCCACGGAUCCUUCAUGCCCCUCAUCGAGCGCUGGACGCAAUACAUGUUCGACAUUAUCACCAAAGCCCAAGUCGAAAACAUCAAAUCCUUCACGCCCAAAAUGGCACCCGCGAAGCAGUUCCGCCAACAAGCCGAUCUCUUCUUACAGCGCACGGCGUGGACGAGUCCUUGUCGAAGUUGGUUCAAACAGGGCAAGAAGGAUGGCCAAGCAGCGAUUUGGCCGGGGAGUCGACUGCAUUUCUUGCAUUUGAUGGAGAGACCUCGGUAUGAGGAUUUUGAGAUCGGGUAUUGGGAUGAGAAUGUUUUUGCGUUUUUGGGGAAUGGCUUUGAUACUCGAGAGUUCGAUGGAAGGGAUAUCACGCACUACCUUGGCCUGUUUGAAGAUGGCAAAGACGCCCAACCAAAGUAUGGAGAUGAGCUGUUGAACAAAUUGGCGGGAUGGGCGGUAGGGAAGUGA